CGCCGGCAUCGAUAGUGUCUGUUGUGAUCGGUUGAUAUUCAUGGUGACAAUGUUCAGUAGGUGGACCGUUUUGUCGAUACUAUCAGGUCUUGCUCUUUUGUUGAGAACGACCAGCGCUCAGACGAAGCUUCUCGCAUGUAGCUACAAGCAUCCGGGUGCCCGUGAAGCCGGCUACCUACCAGAAUACAUUCCCCUGGAGCAGUGUAACCAUGUGAUCUUCAAGGAGUUCCGCUUUCCGAAAGUCGUUGGGCGACAAAUGCAAUUUUACGAUGAUGAUAAGCUAGCGUUUAGUGGAUUGGUUUCCAGUUUACGUAAUCGAUCGACCGAGGUGUUUGUGGUAGCCUCGAUCCGUGGAAACCAGAAAGACUUUUCGGUCAUCAGUGGUGUCAGCGUACGGAGGCGUGCAUUUGUGCAGCUCAUAGGAACGCUGCUGCUCGAGCUAGAUGCGGAUGGUGUCGAGAUUAAUUGGAUUACACCCGAAACCACCGAUCGUAGCUCGAUGGUGACGCUUCUUCAAGAUCUACGACAGAUAGUAACGUCGGUCACUCGUAGUGCCAAGAGCCGCGAUCGGGAGCUAUGGUUUCAAGUGUGGAAUCACUUUAAUCCGAUAUCGAGCGCAUACAAUGUACCGGAAGUGUGUGAGCUGGCUGAUCACAUCAUGCUCAAUGCCAAGGAGUAUCCUACGGGUUUCUCUCAUGCUCCUAUAAACACCAAACCAAUUGAUCUACCGGCAGGAGUCAACAUACCGAGCUUGGAUAACUACAGAAAUGACAUUACCGAUUCCACUCAGCAAUGGAUCGAUGAAGGAUGUCCUCCGAAGAAACUAUCUCUCUCAAUCGCACUGUACGGCGUUCAGAAACAGUAUCAACACGUCUUUAGCUAUGAAGUUCCAAGUGGUUUUGAUGUGAACACAAAGUAUGUUCCGUAUAGUGAGCUUUGCUUAUCUUACCGCACAAAUCAGUGGACAUUCAACUGGGAUUCUUACGGAUUGAUGCCAUACGCCACCAGAGAACUGGGAAAUGCGCUUUUCGAUCGCGUUAGCUACGACAAUGUUGAUUCACUUCGCUACAAAAUGGAUCUCGUGCAGGAAAAGCGCUUGGGUGGCAUUCAUCUCGACUACGUGCACUACGAUGACAUCUAUGGGAAGUGUGGCCAGGCCUAUCCUCUGACGUCGUACCUCGCGAACCGAUUACGAACCAUUCCCUCCGAUAUUGGCUUUGCCAUCGAAUGGAGUCAGUGAAUACGAAUGGAGGUAGAGAAUUUCUUAUGAAU